AUGCCCUCCCCUCAACGCGUGCGCUUCAACACGGAGCCGGUGCUGUCCGAAUAUGCCAACGAGGCAUCCCCAGCACCAGACCGUGACGUGGACCUCAUGGACUAUGGUGUCCCAAGUGACGACGUUGAUGUUCACGCGGAACAUACCCUUCCUCCCGCGAAUCCCGCGCAUGUCGCUCGAGAAGGAAACCAUACGGACUUUCACUACAUCCGCUAUCCCAACUCGACAUUCGCCCUCCACUCUUCUUUGGCCACCUUUCCCAGAGAUGCGAUUGUAAAUGGCGCAUCGGCGUUCACGCAUCCGGACCAAGCAGCAACGGUGCCGCACGCGCAGAAGGUCGUUGUACGCGGCUUGCCAUGGCCUCUUCGAGUUGCACCCACCGGCGACUUCUCGCAUGUCACGCUGCGCAACGUCGUCGAUUCUCUAUGUGCCUUCCUGAAAGGUGCGGCCUCCGGUGACGACUUCGCUAGCGCGGCGAAUCCCGAAGCCGUCUCACGCACAUUCUACACCCGUACGAGGCGCAAUCAAGCACUACGCGAGGCCGGAAUCCUUCGUCUUGACUUCAUACCUGGUCCUAUUGUCGGGCUUGAGUCUAUCGUAGGCGAGGAUGGCGCUUUCUUUCAGCUCAUCUUCGGCGACGCGGUUUAG